AUGUCUACUACUACUACCCCCAUCAUGUCUGCAAAGAGCAAUAAAACCGCCAAACUUCCUGCCAAGCCUCAUGCCAAGCGCACCCCGGGUGCCAAGCCUCCAGCCAAGCGCACACGGGCUACCAAGGCUUCCAAAACCGCCGAGAGUUCUAAAACCGCAGAACUUUCUGCCAAGUCUUCUGAAACCGCCAAGCCUACCGAAAUCGCCGAGCCGGUUCUUAAGCCUUCCAAUUCGGGCACCCCUGCUGCCAAUAUUUUCAAAUCCGGAAGGCUUGACGCCAAGCCUUCUGAAACCCACCCCAUUCAGUAUCAUGAGUCAGCUGCUGAGGCAUUAGUAAUGGGUGGUGUUACCAAUACUGCUACUGCUAAGAAAUUGGCUAGUAUGGAUUGGAUUAGACCUGUUAUGGUUAAGGAAGACAGGGGUCUUAAUAUGGCAAGGCCAGUUAAUGUUGAGGCUAUAUUGGGAUACAGCAGGGGUGAACUUUCAGAGUCAGUUUGUGACUGUUGUACUGACGGUAAGGGCCCUUUUAUUGAAUGUGUAACUGUGCAGGGUAUGUUUGCAGGUAGUUGCACCAAUUGCCACUACAAUAGCCAAGGCAAAUAUUGCAAUUUUCGUCCUGAAAUUAAACCUCGCGAACGCUCUGCACCCAUUGCAAGCUCUUCUACAGUUACUGCGGAGGGUGCAGACAGGCAUAGGAGAGUUGCAAAGAGGAAGCGGUCCACUACUAAGGAAAAAUGGCGGAGGCUUUUGAUAGCGGUGGAGGGAGUAGCUGAUGCAAUUGAGAAUAUCAUGGACGAAAUGGAAGAUUAA